AAAUUAUUAUAUUCCAUCAACUUGAACUUCAUUAACGUGCAAUUGACCCAGUGCUUGAGAAGGCCUCGUUUUGAAAAAACCAAAUUAAUAAUUACGUCGAUUAAUUAAUUGAAUGCGUAAAGUUGAGUGCAAAAAUGAAAAACGUGACACAGUGUAUUCCAGUUUUGAUGUACUUGAUGACCAAUUCGACGAGAGAUGAGAAUUGCAUCCAGAAUGGUGCAUUCAAAAUCUGCACAAAUCGCGAUAGAUUAGUGCACGUCAAUUCGACUGGAAAUCACGAUAAGCAACUCAAAUUGAACGCAAGUAGUUUCAACUCGAUAGCUUCUUACACCUUCGAUGAGCUGGCAAUUAAUACUCUAGAGCUGUUAAAUUACUGGAUGACGAACGACUCCAGCCCACGGGUCAUCAGUUUGAACAAGAAAUCAUUCAUCGGUUUGAAUGAUGUGCGGAGCCUCAAGCUCGAUGGUGUGCAUUUCUCAGAAGGAUCAUUAAAAACCGGCAGUGAAAAUCCAAUGAAAUACCUCGAAUCUCUCUGGCAUCUUCGCCUGAGUCGCGUGAAUCUUCUAAAUUUUAAUCCCGCAUUUUUUAUGAGCUUUCCAAAACUCGAAGGACUGGAAUUAAUAAACACCAACACCCUAGUGAUUUCUCCAGAGACAUUUAAGGGAGUCUCUGAAACCCUCUUAAAGCUCCGAAUUACGGAUGCCAUAAGGGAUAUCAAAGCAAAGUCUUUUGCCAAAUUUCCGAAAUUGGAAAUUCUACAGCUGAAUGGAAGUCAAUUAACUCAGCUGUCUCCUGGAAUUUUCACUGGUCUCAAUCAAUUGCAGUAUCUGGAUCUAUCGAGCAACGGAAUCACUACUUUAUCCAGAAACAUUUUUCAAUUACCGCGACUGAGAACUCUUGAUUUGCAUGGGAAUGCUCUCAGCACAUUAGAGCCUCAUGUGUUCUUCAAUCUUAAUCUCCAGUUCCUCGAUUUGUCAUUUAAUCAGCUACGACUGCUGCCGCCCCAGGUUUUCUCAGACCUCCAACACCUGGAAAAAUUGAAUCUCAGUAACAACCAAAUAAUGAGCAUUCCCACUCAAUUUUUCCCCGACCAGAUACGUCUUCGGAAUCUCGACUUGUCCCAUAAUAAAAUUAGUCUGAUUGAGCCAGCAGCUUUUUAUGGUUUAAAUCUCCAGUCACUCAAUCUUCAGUUCAACCCCAUCAAAGUCCUGGGAAAUUACGCCUUCUUCAAUCUCCGUAUUUCUGAAAUUUUGGAUCUCAGCCCGAUGAACAUCGUGGAAAUUCGGCCCCAAGCUUUUAGGGGAUUAUUAGCUAAACUCCUGAAACUCUGUCACCCCGAUAGAACAAAAAUCUUUGAGAUUUGGGCGACGACUAAAGGCGCAAUUGUAGAAAUAAUGUACAACAAGUGUUCGGAUAGUACUGCUCAUGGUUUUCAAGAUUCCGUAAAAACGUGGGAAUCUGUUAGGAAUCCAAUAUUUACGAAGCAACAAGCUGCUCUUGAUCCAUUUGAGGGAACGGAAUUUGAUGGUCUUGGUGACGGAUAUAAGAUGGGUCAACAAAGGCAUCGGGGACUACUUGGACAUCAACUGAAUUCAGAAGAAUUGUUUGACGAUCAAUUAGAGGACGCACUAUGGAAAUUGGGUCACCAGGGAAUGAUUCGACGUCCACUGGGGCAACGAGAAUUUUUUGAAGACCAAGGAGAAUUUCCUGGAGGUCAAGUAGACGAUGACGAAUUUAAUCUGCAUCAACUAGACCCUUGGCUAUCUAUGAACUCUGGACAUCGACUAGGCCAAAACCAUAGAUCAAACAUGAGACAUUCAUUGACAUAUUAGAUUACAAGUAAAAUUCAAUAUUUCAAUACAUGUUUGAAUUAUUUAAUAUGUUCGUGUGCAUUUAAUUCCGAUGAGAAAAUUGUUUUAUUAUAAAAAAAAUGUUGAGUUUAAUGAAUAAAUGAAUUGUUUGAAAAAUACAUUUUCAUCGAGUGCAACGGAACACAUGUACGCUAUUUUAUGAAAAUAUAUUUUUGAAUGAAAUAAUUUGUCUUGGAAUUUAUAAUCCAUAUGAAACGCAAUCAUGACGAAAGAUAAGGCAUGCAUUGCCUGUGAUUGAGAAAAUGCGUUGAUGUCUCCAGAAAUCCGUGCUCUAUCUCUUUUAUUCUUUGCUAUUGCCGAU